UGCACAAUAAUCCUUCGUCUGAAAACGCAUUCAUUCUUUUCUCCCACGCACGCACGUACACACAAACGAACCAAGGUUCUUCUUCUCUGCGAUCAGAUCGCACAAAUUUUGGAACCCUAAUCUACUACAUUUCGUUUUGGACCUUCAUCCGAAUCGUAAAAAUCACUCUCUGCGAAUCGAAUCCUCUUUCUGACGUCGAUCAUUUCGUCGACUGAGUCAUUUAACCCUAAACAUUUUACAUGGCCAUGACCGGUAACCAUUCCCCUCGCCAUUCCUCCGAUAACCACCAAUCGCGUCGCGCCACGCGCCUCCCUGCUUCUUCGCCGUGGAACCAGGUCGUCUGCGGCGAAUCGGAGCCCGUUGCGGCGGUUCCGUCUUCCUCGACGGAGGAUUUCCCCUCUGCCGCCGCGCCGGUGGAAGAUUUUAGCUCCUCCGCGACUGAGAGCUCAGACAAUGGCGGCGCUGCCAAGAGGCCUGUCUGGAACAAACCUUCUCCUAAUGGCGCGGCGGCGGCGGCGGCUUCGGAGGUGAGGCCGGAGAUGGACGCGAACUCGUGGCCCUUGCCGUCGGAGUCCACGAGAGCUGCUACGAAAUCGGAAUCCUUGAAGGGUCUGUUGGAUGGAUCUUCUGUGCCACAAUCGCAGGGUUUGGGAAGUAUGUCUUCUUCUUCCCCUUCACAGAGGGAAGUCAGUGAUAAUGCAAGCACCAACAGUGUGGUGCCGGCUCGGCAGAAAUCAACAAAGCAUCACAGUUCUAAUGCAUCUUCUAAUGGUGGCCACAUGCAACACUCUGCGUCCCAGGUUUCGAUAGCUGCAACUGGGUCCCGAAACUCCUCUCCAAAGGACCACACACAAAGAAGUGGGUUUGCGUCUCAUGAUCAUCCACAGCAGCGUAAUUCGUUUAGAAAUCGUAAUGGCGGUCAACACCAGCGUGGAGAUGGUUCUCACCAUCAUAACUAUGGGAACAGGCAUGAUCAGGACUGGAAUAAUAAUAGAACUUUUGGUAGUAGAGAUACACAUGUGCCACCAAGAGUUGUUCCAAGAUUUAUACGGCCGCCUCCACCUCCUAAUUCUGCUCAGUUUUUUCAUCCAUCACCAAUGCGGCCAUUUGGUAGUCCCAUUGGUUUCCAUGAACUAGCACCUCAGCUGGUAUUUGUUGCAGCUCCACCUCCACCCCCGGAUUCACUAAGAGGUGUUCCUUUUGUGCCUCCUAUGCCACAUCAUUCCCUGUUCUUUACAGGCCCAGAUCCUCAGUUGCACAAUAAGAUAGUCAACCAGGUUGACUACUAUUUUAGUAAUGAAAAUUUAGUUAAAGAUACAUUCUUGCGGCAGAACAUGGAUGACCAGGGCUGGGUUCCCAUAAAAUUAAUUGCAGGCUUCAACAAAGUUAUGCAUUUGACUGACAAUAUCCAAGUUAUAUUAGAUGCUAUUCGAACUUCAUCUGUUGUUGAAGUGCAGGGUGACAAAAUAAGGAGACGAAAUGAUUGGAGGAGAUGGAUCAUGCAUCCUCCUGUUCAGUUUUCUAAUGCUACAACCAUUGGAGUGUUGAAUCCUGACAUGCUGGCAGAACAAGUACACAAUAUUGCUCUGGAGACAAGUGACUAUGAUGGUGCAGGAGGACCGGAUGUUCUACCAGAUACUUCACGACAUAGAUCUACAUUUAGGGAUUUGCAGCUUUCCACUAGCGAGGGUCCUGGUCCUGGUCAAGUUGGUAUUCAAGAGGCUCAGAUCACUCCAUUCCAGGAAGAAAUUAGAGCUGUAAAUGUGCUUUAGCACUAUGUUUUUUUGGAGAGCUCUCAAGAGGGACACGGGAAGCAGGUAUCUAAGAAUGGUCUCGGUUUUUUUCUUAUGGUACAAUGGGAAAUGAUAUCUCUCGAGGCAUAUUUAGGAAGGAUAAAACAUGAUGGAGAAACGGAAGGAAAAGACCUAGUAUAAAACAGAAAAAAAAAAAAAGAAGGAGGAUCAAACGGUAACAGUCCCCUCCCCCCUCUCACCAAAAGUACAGAAAAGGAUUUUUUUUCUUUUAUGUUUAUUUUUGGUUGUGGAGCUAGUUAGCACGACUCUUGUGAAUACUCUUUUUUAUGGGUAUAAUGUCCUCACUCUUGCGGGGGAAAUGAUUUGCUUCAAUAUGGGGGAAUUUUUGUCCUUGUUUCCCGUCUGCCCCUCAGCUGUUUUUUAAAUCUUUGGGGUCAGCUUCCCCCCAGUUUUAGGAGCAUGUGUUGCAUUACAUUAGUUCAUGUCACGGGUGUUGAAUUGAAUGUGUUUGAUAGCUACCUGCAGCUGCCACUGAGGGAAGAGCAAAUAUAGCUUUCUGCUGCUGGAGCUUUGUCCUACUGCUUUAAAAGUGUGAUUGUUAGCCAUAAUAUCUCCCGUUACGUCAUACAUGACAUGGAUAUUUAGUAGUAUAUCUUUCGUCUGUUAAAAACUCGCGAAAAUUCUGAAGCAUAAGUGGUCCCUGUGGGGUCAUUAAGACUUUUAAUUAUACAGGUUACAGCUGUAUAAGAUGGAUUUUUCUGCCUAUUUUAGACCUGAAGUUGCACGGGCCUUGGACUUAGAACCUGUAUUUGAUGUUUGAUUCUUCAAUAACGCCGCCCCUUUCA